CACUCCGCACGCUCGCUCCCCCGAGCAGAGAGUCCCGAGCCCAAGAAACCUACCCCCAAGGCGAUGAUAUUAUGAUAUAGCCAAAGCUGAGGGAGAGAUAGAGUAAUGGAGUUUGGUCUUUGAUAGGCCGCGGCUAAGCACCAAACCUUGGGGAAAUGGAGCUGCUCAGUGGCGCAGCGGGAGCUUGGGGAAGCGGAGGCUCGCGAGCAGCCAGAGAGGAGCACUAGCCAGCCAUUACCCAUUAGCUCUGCGCUUACGACUAGCAGCUCGGUGCUACCCUACACUACACUGACAUCCAUCGAUCCGAUCGCGCUGCCGAGCACAGCAGCGCAGCGUGUGUACAAAAGGCCGUGAAGGCGGUAAGACCAAGCAGCACUAGGCCAGCCGAGCCGAGCCGAGCCAGGUAAAGGCGUGUGAGGGAGAAGCGAGAAGCCCGUGAUAGCUGCUGCUGCGGUGCGGGGCGGUGCAAGGGUUUCGUCUCGUCCGGCCCCCUUCUCCUGGCGCGGCCAUGGACGCCUACGAGGCCACCAAGGUGGUGUUCUCCCGGAUCCAGGCGCUGGACCCGGACCACGCCGCCAAGAUCAUGGGCCUCCUCCUCAUCCAGGACCACGGCGAGAAGGAGAUGAUCCGCCUCGCCUUCGGCCCGGAGUCGUUGCUCCACGCCGUCAUGGCCAAGGCGCGCAAGGACCUCGGCCUGCUCCUCCCGGCCUCGCCCACCUCCGUCGCCGCCGCGGGCCACGCGCCGUUCCUCCAGCUCCCGCGCCAGAACUCCGGCCGCGCCGGCGCGCCGUCGCCGCUCUCGGUGUCCUCGCCCUCGUCGUGGGCGCAGGCGCCGGUGUUCUCGAGGAGCAACAGCACGAGUAAUGGCACCGCGGACGAGGCGGCACCGGGGGCUGGCGACGAGCUGCCUAGCCCCGUGAACGGAGGAGCGGCGCCCUUCUUUCCCCAGGGCGGUGACGCGCUCCUGGACGAUCUGCAGCUGCAGGAGCAGCUCGCCUUCCUCAACGAGGGCGGCGCGAACCCGGCGCACCAGCUCACGGGGCUCGACGGCGGGGAGUGCUGGAGCCCCGGCCCGGGCGAUGGCGGUGGGUUGCUCCCGUUCGGCCUCGGGUGGCCCAACGGCGGCCCCGUGCACCGCCGGAGCGUGUCGGUGAACGAGCUCUGCCUCGGCGGGGGCGGGGGCGGCGACGGAUUCGGGUGGAAGCCCUGCCUCUACUACGCGCGCGGGUUCUGCAAGAACGGCAGCAGCUGCCGGUUCGUGCACGGCGGUCUCCCCGACGAUGCAGCCGCGCUCGCCGCCACCAAGAUGGAAGCCGCCGCCGACCAGCAGCAGCAGUGCCAGGACUUCCUCCUCCGCUCCAAGAGCCAGCGCCUCGGCCCCGCCGCCUUCCCCUACUCCCCCACCGGCUCCCUCCCAGGCUCGCCCUCCGCCGCCAGCAAGUGCCUCAGCUUCCUGCUGCAGCAACAGCAGCAGCAGCAGCAGCACGACAGAGCCGCGGCGGCCGCGGCGCUGAUGCUUGGCGGCGGCGACGAUGCGCACAAGUUCAUGGGCCGGCCGCGCCUGGACCGUGCUGACUUCGCAAGCAUGAUGAACCCCGGCUCGCGCCAGAUUUACCUGACCUUCCCGGCCGACAGCACGUUCCGCGAGGAGGACGUCUCCAACUACUUCAGCAUCUACGGGCCGGUCCACGACGUGCGCAUCCCCUACCAGCAGAAACGCAUGUUCGGGUUCGUCACCUUCGUGUACCCAGAGACGGUGAAGCUCAUCCUGGCCAAGGGCAACCCGCACUUCAUCUGCGACGCACGCGUGCUCGUCAAGCCCUACAAGGAGAAGGGCAAGGUCCCCGACAAGUACAGGAAGCAGCAGCAAGGCGACUUCUCCGGCUGCACGACGCCCACCGGGCUAGACACCAGGGACCCGUUUGAUCUCCACCAACUCGGUGCAAGGAUGCUGCAACACUCGAACAGCGCCAACGAGCUUCUGCUGCGGCGGAAGCUGGAGGAGCAGCAGCAGGCCAUAGAGCUCCAGAGCCGCCGCCUCAUGGGCCUUCAGCUGCUUGACCUCAAGGCACGCACAGCUGCAACUGCGGCAGCGUCAUCACCGCAGCCCACGCCAACUGCCAAUGCCUUCACCUCCGGGCCACCGGCGAGCACCACCGCAGUCGAGUCGCCACCAGAGUCGGGGGAGCAGCUCAAGUUGAGCAGCGGCUUUGCUGCGGAGAGGAAGGUCAACGGUGGUGAUAAGGAGGAAUCUGCUGGCGAGGGGAGCCCGAACGCUGCCGAUAGCGACCAAAGUGGGGAGCACAAUUUGCCGGACAGCCCAUUCGCUUCCCCGACCAAGUCUGCUGUGUUUGCUCACGACAGCUUCGCCGCCACCGAGACUGAGAGCGCUGUAUCCCGUAUCGGUGUGGAGUCCGGCAACAACACCGACGGCGGUGGUAACCAUCUCCGUCCUCCCACGUUGGACAUUCCUUCGCCGAGGCCGUACUUCUUUCCCAUGCACAGGCUGUCCUCCGAUCACGGAGCGAUGGGGAUGUAAAGUUCACCAUUGGAGGCGAGUGAUACCCCAGCCUAAUCAUAGAAUACGAGAAGCCAAGAAAAGCGAUGGUGGAAUAUAGGGAAAAAGGAGUGAAGUGUCAGCAUAGUGUUAGCUCCCUUUCUUUUGUUCAUUUUAGUCCCCCGUGUUAGUGGAUAGCUCUACUAAACCACAAGAGAAGAUGCCAUUAGCCUUGAUUAAGAAAACGGCGGCAUAUGCAGUAUUGCCGGAUAUAUAAUAUAUAUAUAGACAAGUAAUCCAGUGUUACCCCUAGUUAUUAGAAGACAUAUAUACUACUAGUUGUCCUUAGUAUUUACCAGUAGUUUGAUGCCAUCAGCACAAAUGAUGUUACUGUAUCAAGAUCCUUGAUGUA